UAGCAGCGCAAAAGAAAAAAGGAAAAAAACAAAAACAAAAGAAGUGCAUAAAAACAACUUACAAAUUUUUUUCAUACUAUUGCGAAUAGAAAGCUAAACAAAUCUUAUAAAAUAUUAAAAAAGGCAAAUAAGUGCUGAGCUCGCAGAUUGCGUAAAAUGCGUCAUAUUUGUAUUGAAUAAUAAAUAAUAACUUAACUGCGUUAUUUUAAAACAAAAGUCAAUUAUGAAGAAACUGCAAAAGUAUUUGCUUUCCUUGACGAUUUUAUCAUGCAGCCUUGCUGUGACAAAUACGAGUCCUUUUAGCGCUCUUGAUGAAAUAUCCGAUUCGGGUGUCGCCCUGGCCAACGCAUCGGAUGAAUCAAGCAGCUCCGUUGAGCAACCUCUGAAGCGGCCCAGCGCUGCGGAUUUCUCGGACGAAGAUGAUGAGGACAACGAGGAUUAUCCACUGUAUACGAAUCUCGUUGGCAGGGAUCCGCAUAGCUGGGAUGUGCUUGUCUUUACGCAGCAAUGGCCGGUGACUACGUGCUAUCAUUGGAGGGAGGAGGAUCCAUCGCACGAGUGCACCCUGCCGCAGAAGAAGGAAUUCUGGACCAUCCACGGCAUCUGGCCGACCAAAAUGGGCCAAUUCGGACCGAACUUCUGCAAUAAGUCCGCUGAAUUCAAUCCGGAGCUAUUAGAAUCGAUUAUGGAUCGCUUGAAUACCUACUGGUUGGAUCUGGAAGGAGAAGCGUCACAGGAUUACCUCUGGAAGCACGAAUGGCUGAAGCACGGUACCUGCGCUGCUGCCCUUGAGGCGCUAAACAACGAGCUGAAGUACUUCGGACAGGGAUUGAAUUGGCGCGAACAGUACGUCAUGUCCAAGAUCCUGGAUGACUCUGGCAUACAUCCCGACUCGAACAAUACAGUGAUUGCUUUGAACAACGCUUUGGUGCGCGGCCUGGGCAAGAAUCCAUCCAUCCACUGCUUAUACGAUGGCAAACACGGCAUUAGCUACCUAUCGGAGAUACGCAUAUGCUUCAACAAGUCCCUGGAGCUGAUCGAUUGCGAUGGCAUCAAGCUGGGCGAUGUGAUGGCCGUCAGAUAUCCAGGUGGCACCGUGAACACCAAUUGCCACAUCAGCAAUCCUGUGCAUUAUCCUAGCCUGGUGCCGCCACUGCAACGCAAGGGCGAGUGGAAAUUCCCCUUGGUCAACGUCUACAAACUGUUGCAGUUCCUCAUGUGGUUUACACUGUAAAGAACUACCCAUCCGUCUCUCUACUUUCGAGUAUUUCCUUUGUCAUUUGUUAUAAUCCACAACAAAAAAGAAGCAUAUGAGAUCUUAUUACACUAUUUUUUUUAUAUCUAUACUAUAACUGUAUUAGAAGCAAAAAGCAACCUGAACUUGAGGCUAAAUUUUGAUGAAUCGUGCAAACCAUAUCAGAGAAAGUACAUACAUAUAUGUCUUGAUAAGAAAACCAUAUAAUAUUUCGCUAUGUAUCAGGCUUGAGGCUAAAUUGUAAACAAAAGGAUGACUAAUCAUGUAAAUCAUAUCACGAUUCCAUCAGCCCAAGUUGCAUGAUCGUGUAAACCAUGUAUGAACUAUGUAUAUCAGGACUUGAGGGUAAAUUGUAUUAAAUGGAGCUGAGUGACUAUGUAAGCCACAUGACGAUAAUACCUAUAUAUUGUGUAAACCAUACCACAACUAUAUGUAUAUCUCUUUAUAUCAAAAAGACGUUUUUGUGUAUGCAACUGUUUGUGAUUAUCAAUAUCAAAAUAUAAAUAGAAAAUACA